UGUUACCUGAGGCUGGCCUGUUCUGGGGUGACUUUGGGUGGGUUUCCAAGCCUCCCAGAGACUCAGGUCCCCCUUGAGAAUCAAGCUGCAGCCUCUGUGGCUGUGAGGAGCCUCCCAGCCUGACACCUCUGGGUGCACAAACCCCUCACCCCUCCAUGGAGUGGCGGGCGGCACUCCAUCAUGCCCGCUGCCUCUCUGCUGGGCAUGUGGUUUGACUCUGACCUUCCUGAGGUCUUGCACCCUUGCCCUCCUGCCUCCCGCUCCCUGAGGUUGUGUCCCAGGUCAUUCUUAGGCACAAAGUCACCUUGACGGCUGGGCCUGUCCUGGGUGACCCCUUACCAAGGACACACAGUGCCCAGCCCCAGGGUGAGGCUGGCAUGCAGGAGAGCUUCUAAGAAGUGGCCCCUUUGUUGGGCUUUACACUCUUGGGGUCCCAACCUUGUGCCCUAUCUGUUGGGAGACUCAAAGACAGAGACAAGGGGCCCUGCUCUGGAGAACUCACCCCUUGGUGGGGACAGUGGGCUGGGCCCCCACCCCCAGAGCAGAAGGCUGGCGAUCUUAACCCUGGGUUUCAGGGCAGGAGUACACCAGAGAGGAGCCUUCAGGAGUCCGGGUGGUGACACAGCUCGGUGUGUGUGACCCCAGGGAGGUUAAUGAUCACUUUCCUGUCCGAAACUCAGGGCUGAUAACAGUGAGAGCCUCUCCUGUGACUCACCUGUCACAGGACCUGGCACAGAGCAGCCUCAGCCCCCACGAGGGGAACUGUCACAGUGCACCAAGUCACAGCUCCGUGUGUUACAGUGGAGGGCGGGGGUCUGCAGGGUGAGGGCGCCUGCCUGCGCCUCCUGGGAAGACCCCAGCCGUGGGACCUUGGGCCGAGAGCCUCACUUCCCUGCCUCAAUUUUCUUGUUUUGGAGUCUGGAGUGGUGCACGGUAAGUGCUCACAGCACAGUUUUGGGGUGAUGAAAGGGGCAGUGGGGUACAGCUACUGCAGUGACCCAGCCCUGCCUUUUUUGCAGUCCUGGGGACUUCUGACCCAUUCACUGGUUCAUUUAUUCCCUUGCGUUUAUUGAGCGCCCACUGUGUGCCAGGCUCUGCAGCCUGGGGAGUGCAGGCACAGUGUGCUUCCGCCCUGUGAGAUCCGAGGGGCUGGCCUGGCGGAAGGAGAGAGGCGGAUUUAAAAUGGCCUUGAAGGGCGACAGGACCCAGAGGGCUGGUGGGGCAGCGAGGGACACAGGAAGGGCAUUUAGAAGCUUAGACCAGAGUUCCCGGCUCACGCAGGGAGGGCUUCCCCCACCAGCUCGGCUCUGUGCAUGUGAUGGCGGCCCCAGCUCUGGCCUGGUGUCUGCCCCUCCUGGUCCUCCUGCCCCUGACAGCUCCUCCGGCAUCUGCAGCAGUGAACGACACUUCUCAGCUCGAAUGCUUCUACAAUUCUAAAGCCAACGUCUCCUGCCUGUGGAGCCGGGAGAAGGGUAUGCAGAACACGUCCUGCCAUAUCCGCGCCCGAUCCAACCAACGGCCCUGGAACUGGACCUGCCCCAUGUUCGAAGUGAGCCGGACGACCUGGGCCUGUAACCUGGUCCUCGGAUCCCCAACUUCUCAGCCGCUGACCUCGCAGGACGUCAUCACUGCCCGCGUGAUGUGCUGGGAAGGUGGACAGUGGCGGAUGGUGCUGACCAAGGUCUUCCAGCCUUUCGAGUACCUCCGCCUGGUGGCUCCCACCUCCCUCCAGGUCACCUUCGUGGACACCAACAGAUGCAAUGUCACCUGGCACCUCACCCAGAUCUCCCACUACAUCGACUCCUACUUGGAGUUUGAGGCUCGGACACGGUCUCCGGGCCACAGCUGGGAGGAGGCCACCCCGUUGAGUCUCAAGCAGAGGCAGCAGUGGAUCUUCCUGGAGAAGCUGGUGCCGGACACUCCGUAUGAGCUGCAGGUGCGGGCCCGGGUCCAGAGAGGCCAGCACAGCACGUGGAGCCCCUGGAGCCAGGCCCUGGCCUUCAGGACCAGGCCUGCAGCCCCCCGGAAGGAGCCCCUGCCCUUCGCUUGGGUCCUCGGCCCUGCCCUGGGCCUCGGGCUGGCCUGCGGUGUCAUCAUCUCUGUGUUCUUCUUGGUCAACGGCAACUGCCUCCGGCCUUGGCUGAAGAAAGUUCUGAAGUGUCACAUCCCAGACCCCUCGGAGUUCUUCCCUCAGCUAAACUCCGAGUACGGAGGGGAUUUCCAGAAGUGGCUGUCCUCGCCCUUCCCCUCGUCCUCCUUCAGUCCGGGAGCCCCUGCGCCCGAGAUCUCCCCGCUGGAAGUACUGGACAAGGACACCAAGGCCGCGCAGCUGCUCCUGCUGCAGCAGGACAAGGCGCCCCUGCCCUCGCCUUCCCCCAGUGGCCACUCGCAGACCAGCUGCUUCACCAACCAGGGCUACUUCUUCUUCCACCUCCCGGAUGCCCUGGAGAUCGAGGCCUGCCAGGUGUACUUCACCUACGACCCGUGUGCUGAGGUGGAGCCCGAGGAGGGUGCGCCCCCAGGGUCCCCCCGCGCACCCCUGCUGCCCCUGCCGAAGGAAGACGAUGCCUACUGUACUUUCCCCCCCGGGGAGGACCUGCUGCUCUUCUCCUCCAGUCUCCACGGUGGCCCAAGCACCCCCCACAUUGUCCCUGGGGCUGCUGGGACCAGUGAAGAGAGGCUGUGCCUCUCCCUACAGGAGGGUGCUCCUCAGGACUUGGGUCCCCCACCCACGAUGUCCCCUAUGCCUGCAGUCCCUGACCCAGUGGGUUUCCAGUCACCCCUGGAGCAGGCACCGGGGGUGACUGGGGAGGAGGUCCCUCCCCCAGGGCCUGAGGAUGGGGCUGAUUCCCCGGAACAGGGCCAGGACCAGGACCAGGGUCAGGGCCAGAGCCAGGACCAAGGCCAGGGCCAGGGCCAGGGCCAGGGCAGGGCUGCUCCCUUUUCCUGCGCCGACACUGACGUUUACCUGUCCCUCCAAGAACUCCAGGCUCAGGAUCCAGCUCACCUGGUGUAGACAGCAGGAGGCUGCCUGCUGCUGUGCCAGGCCCAAGGGGUGCCCCAAGGGCAGUGCAGUGCCGAGGACAACUCCACCCAGAUGCCCCCACCCACUUUCAAUCCUCAGCGGCCGCUCCAUGGCUGCCCAAAUGCCAGGGCAGGGAUGGGAAUGGGAGGCUGACCCUGCUGUCUGUCAUCACUGAGUCCCUGGAGUUUUGUCUCCGAGGCAUCCUCCCCGCUCCCCUCCCAGCCCGCAGUCACCUGCGGACCCGGACACCAUCAUCCCCACUCCCCUCUGGGCUUCCUCCUCAGGCCACUGGAGUGCGCCUUCCACAGGGAAAUGCGGGUGUAAAUACGGCUGGCCCCUCACCUGCUCCACAUGGCGUGGCUCCCUGGGCCUCCGCAGCACCCUUAGCCUUCUGAGACCCUCACAAGUGGCCUCUCCAAGUCUCUCCACACUGCCUUCUACCCUGAACUUUGUGUGUGCUGUUGCCUGUACCCGGAGCACCCAUGCCACCUCUAGAUGACAAUCGGCCCUCAACCUUCACACACCAGGCCUGCUUCCGCCAAGGAAAACACUGCUGGAUUCAGUGCUGCGAGGGGACACCACCCAUGCCACAGGUGGUGGAGAGGGGGUCCCUCUACCUAGGAACAGAAAGAAGUCCCUAUGGCGGUAACCCUUCUGGAGCUUUCCAUGGUGGUCUCGCAGAUUCACAAGGGUAAACCUGGAAGUCCUGCAGCCUCGUGCCUCCAGCAAGGGGUCCCCACGCCAGGCAACUUUCACCUGAUAGCUCUUGCUCUUAUGAAUCCCCUGGACUGCCUGCACACAGGCCAGCAAGAGGCCGAUCGCAUUCAGUGUCCCCUUCCUAUAAUGAUCACCGGCCUGCACUAAAGCCAGAAAUACUCCCAAUCCCAGACGAAUGGUUUGGGAGCAGCAGGGCCUGUAUUUAUAGGUCCUUCUUGCAGCUGAUUGGGCAUGUGACCACAAGCCCACCCAUAGGCUGACUAGCAGCCUAUAAGAAAGCUUGGUACAGAAACUCAGUCCAAACAGGAGGGCUAGACAUGAGCUAGCCAAUCAGAGGAUCUCUUGGGCUCAGCCAAUUAAUCCUGGGGGUGGGGGAGCAGGCGUUUGGGCCAGAGCUUCCAGAAUCUGGGUGAGAUAUGCUGAGCUGCUGGAACAGAGGAUGUGGGAGUCCUGACACAGGAAUUCCCACUGUCUGUAUUAUUUUUUAUCCUGAUCCCUGUCAUUUUUAUAUUCAAAAUAAACUUUUUCUGGAGGUUG